AUGGAGCUGCUGUCGCCUCCCCUCCGCGACGUCGACCUGACGGCCCCGGACGGCUCUCUCUGCAACUUUGCCACGGCGGACGACUUCUACGAUGACCCGUGUUUCGACUCCCCGGACCUGCGCUUCUUCGAGGACCUGGACCCGCGCCUGGUGCACGUGGGCGCGCUCCUGAAGCCCGAGGAACACUCGCACUUCCCUGCAGCGGUGCACCCGGGCCCCGGCGCGCGCGAAGAUGAGCAUGUGCGCGCGCCCAGCGGGCACCACCAAGCGGGCCGCUGUCUCCUGUGGGCUUGCAAGGCGUGCAAGCGCAAGACCACCAACGCCGACCGCCGAAAAGCCGCCACCAUGCGCGAGCGACGCCGCCUGAGCAAAGUCAACGAGGCCUUCGAAACGCUGAAGCGUUGUACGUCCAGCAACCCGAACCAGAGGCUGCCCAAGGUGGAGAUCCUGCGCAACGCCAUCCGCUAUAUCGAGGGGCUGCAGGCGCUGCUGCGGGACCAGGACGCCGCGCCCCCUGGCGCCGCCGCCGCCUUCUAUGCGCCAGGUCCGCUGCCCCCGGGUCGCGGCGGUGAGCAUUACAGCGGCGACUCAGACGUGUCCAGCCCGAGAUCCAACUGUUCCGACGGCAUGAUGGACUACAGCGGUCCUCCAAGCGGUACCCGGCGGCGGAACUGCUUCGAAGGCACCUACUACAGCGAGGCGGCGCCCAGCGAGCCCAGGCCCGGGAAGAGCGCCGCCGUGUCCAGCCUUGACUGCCUGUCCAGCAUCGUGGAGCGCAUCUCCACCGAGAGCCCCGCCGCCCCCGCGCUGCUGCUGCCCGACGCGCAGCCAGAGUCGUCGCCGCCGCCGCCAGGAACUCCGCAGGAGGCCGUGGCCGCCCCGAGCGAGAGCGAGAGCGCCCGCACCCCUUCCCCCGACGCCGCUGCCCCGCAGGGCCCCGCGGGCGCGAACCCCAACCCCAUCAUCUACCAGGUGCUCUGA